AUGCAGAACAUCCUCGACCAAAACUUAGACAUGGCCACGGCGCUGCUCGCAGGCGAGAAGUUGAAGGAGCUCAUCCUGCCGGGCUCCUCUCAGGACGAGAAGGGCGGGGCACUAGCUGGCCUGAUGGUGCAGCUCAAACUGGAACUGCCCUUUGACCGCGUGGUUACUAUAGGAACAGUCAUCAUCCCCAUCCUGCUGGUCACACUCGUCUUUACAAGGAACUUUGCAGAGGAAUCUAUCUACUGCUACACACCGCACAACUUCACCCGAGACCAGGCACUGUAUGCGAGAGGCUACUGCUGGACGGAGCUUCGUGAUGCUAUUCCUGGCGUGGAGCCUCACCUUUGGCCUUCUCUCUUUGAGCACAAGUUCCUGCCCUACGCCCUGUUGGCGUUCGCUGGGAUCAUGUACAUCCCUGCUUUGGGCUGGGAGUUCCUCGCCUCCACACGGCUCACUUCAGAGCUCAAUUUCCUGCUUCAAGAGAUUGAUAACUGCUAUCAUCGAGCUGCUGAGGGCCGGGCCCCAAAGAUUGAGAAGCAGAUCCAGUCUAAGGGGCCUGGCAUAACUGAGCGGGAGAGGAGGGAGAUCAUAGAAAACGCAGAGAAAGAGAAGAGCCCUGAACAGAAUCUGUUUGAGAAAUACCUAGAAAGACGAGGCCAAAGUAACUUUUUGGCGAAGAUUUAUCUGGCACGGCACAUGGCUAUCAUCUGCCUCAGUUCUAUUCCCAUUUCUUACCUUAGCGCCUACUAUGCCCGCCAGAGACAGAAUGAGUUCACAUGUGCAUUGGGUGAGCCCCCAGACAUUAGCAGCUACCUGGAGCUGAAACUCAGGGUCAACUGUAAGCUUCCUGCUGUGCAGCUGCAGCGCAUCAUGGCAGCAGUGGACAUAGCUCUGCUCUGCACCAUGAACUUCAUCAUCCUACUCAAUAUGCUGCAUUUGUUUGUGGUGCGCAAGUCUAACUUUGUGUUUGACAAACUGAAUAAAGUUGGGAUCAAAACGCGCCGACGCUGGCAGAAGUCCCCGUUCUGUGACAUCAACAUCCUGGCCAUGUUCUGUAAUGAGAACCGGGAUCACAUCAAAUCUCUGAACCGACUGGACUUUAUCACUAAUGAGAGUGACCUCAUGUAUGACAACGUGGUCAGGCAGUUGCUGGCUGCCCUUGCACAGUCCAACCACGAUGCUACGCCCACCGUGAGAGAGUCUGGCAUACAAACAAUUGAUCCCAACAUGGAUCCUUCUGAUCUCACGUUGAGAGAGGUGGGUGGGGAGCCACUGGUCAUCAAACGUCCCCGCAAAAAGAUUAAAUGGAUACCAUCGUCAAACCCCCUGCCUCAGCCAUUCAAGGAACCACACACCCUGACACGCCUGGAAAACAACACCAAGCCUGAAAAACCCAAACCACUCAGACGCAAAACAGUGGCAGACAGCCUCAUAGCACCACUUUUGGACAGUAAAAGCACACAAUAUCCUUGUACUAAAGACUUGGGUACAAUGGAGAAAAAGCACACACGGAAUUUCUCCCUGGACGUUCACCCGUACAUGUUGACGAAUCGUAAGCCCAAAGUGGAGGCUGCAAUCACAGAACCCAUACCGUCAGAGCACAACAUGGACACGGUUUACCUUGAAGGCACACACACUAUAGUUCAUGUAUCUUGUCCAAUUACAGAGACAAAGAUUUGCUCUCCAGAAUCAACCAACGCUGCCUUCUCUACACUGCCCACUACCACAUAUGUGAACGGAGUGAGCCCAAAUCCUCCCUCUAGCGAGGAUCCACUCAGUCCCAAGUCCUCUCCUCAUCAAAUGGAGCCCCUCACCCAAACAGAAAUUCCCGAGUCUCAGCCAUCACUCCUGGCCAAAGCCCACCCACACCAGCUGCUGAGCAUUCAUCAUACUCUUUUUGAAGAAGAGGAGGAUGCAGACAACAGGACACCCAGGCUGACGGAGAGACCUGGGGAACUCAUUGCAGCUGGAGAAUGUUAA